GGCCAAUCGGGGGGACGCAGUAGCAGAUCACACACACAGUGUCGUAUCUGCGUGCACGCCCAAGUGUUGCACAGCUGAAGGGACAGGGGAUGACAUGGCAGGCUGAUGAGAGAGGCUCAGAUGGUGACUGCUCAUCAAUCAGCCGCGAUAGUCGGUAAUGGUGGUGGUGGUGGUGCCUACGACAGAGAGUCUUGUGCCCGUCCUCUAUCACUCACUUAUCGGCUGCCCCGAUAGCAUCUCCGUCAUCCGCGUCCUUAUCGCCGCCGACUCCCUUCGCUACCCCAUCUGCUGCCUCGCACCCUCUCUAUUCUUCUUCGUCACUCAUCCUCUGUUCAUUUUCACCACCUCGUCUCUCCAAAUAUCUGGAUACUAUAUUGUUAUUAUUAUUACAUGUAAGCAGUGCGCCACGGCCACGCUCGGCAAGACUGGACCCUUGCAGGCCUGAUGUUGCCUGCUCGAUCCCCUUGGACCCAUCCAUCCAAUCCCGCCUCAGCAAUAACGUAAAAGCAACCGAACAACACGCCCGGCG